UCGUUCUCCUUACAUCGUACAACGAACGUUAUGACCCAUCUCCUAUUGUCAUCUUGUCCUCCUUGCAUGACCUUUCUGGCAUCAGCGAGAGUCCAACAGCUGGUGCCCCAGAAUCCCAUACAGCUGUAUCCACUCCCCUCAUCAUACUUUGUCUGUCUGUUCGACCACUCAGCCAUCCUUUUUCUCUACGUUCACGCAGGCAUACUUUAUUUUUAUGUCUAGACACAUAUGCAUACUUUAUUU